AUGCAGGCUGAUAUAUCAGACACGGGGGAUAUGGUUCGGCUAAGGGAGAAAGUGGAGUCUGAAUGGCAAGGCGUAGACACAGUUAUUGUCUGUGCGGGUGUCUCUGCGUUACUUCCUCUGAUGGAGGUGGCAGGACUGAAGGGAAACGGCAGCAAGUUUGAUCCACCACAGGCGGAUGUGGAAGGCAUACAACGAACCGUUGAUGUUGCUAAUGCAGCUGCAAGAGUCAACUACAUUGGGCCGCUCAUUUCAGCAGUUACAUUUCUGCCUAUUCUUCAGUCCAGUUCCGUCUCUCCUUCCAUCGUCCUGAUCUCGUCAUUGGGCGCCAUCAUUCCGGCCCCGACGCGCUCCAUCUAUGGGUCCACUAAAUCCGCUUCUCUCAUGCUCUAUCAAGCGCUUUCUAUCGAACAUUCCGCUGUCACAUUCACUCUCUGUAUUCCAACAACGGUGGAGGGCAACUUUCGUGCAUCUGCUGUGGACGGCGGUAGUGCGGUGUAUCCAAGCUGUGGACGCUAG